GCGCGAUCUCACCAAGCUCGUUCUCAGUCCCCAAUUGCCCCCCGCCCCUCCCGGACUCCUCGGCCAGGGGAAGAAUGCACCGAUCUGAAAAAGAGAGCUCAGGAGCCGCUGCUGGUCGACUAAUUCCCGAACUGCAAGUCGUCUCGGCGGCCACGGACAGGUACCUUUGCAAACGACCAUGUGUGCGAGAUAGCCAGGCGCGUCAUUCGGCCUUGCGAUGGAUGUGGGGAAGACGGAGACCCCGCGCAGGCGUUCCGGGGCUCACAAGAGACCCCGGGCCGGCCAGCUUGAGGAAGCGCCAUACCAAAUCCCCCCUUGCGUUCUCCUCCAUCCUAUCAUCCCUUAGACGCCCAUCAUCGCAUCUCGCACACUAUGCCCGCGCCCACUAUCCUCGUCGAUCCUGCACGCGUCGUAGACGAUGUCGAUCCCCGCAUCUACUCAGGCUUCACCGAGCACAUGGGCCGCUGCAUCUACGGAGGCAUCUACGAGCCCGAGAACCAGCACGGCCUUGCAGAUCCCAAGACGGGCUUCCGCACGGACGUGAUGGAGGUGCUGAAGGAGCUCAAGAUCCCUGUUGUGAGGUACCCCGGAGGCAACUUCGUGAGUAGCUAUCGCUGGCAAGAUGGCAUCGGGCCCAAGGAACUACGUCCUCGACGCCCCGAACUCGCUUGGCUCAAUGAAGAGAGCAAUCAAUUCGGCACGGACGAGUUCAUCGACUGGUGCCGCGCUCUCGGUACCGAGCCCUACAUUUGCCUCAACAUGGGCACCGGCACGCUCGAAGACGCUCUCGCGUGGGUCGAGUACUGCAACAGCUCCGCCAACACGUAUUACGCGAACCUGAGGCGCAAGAAUGGACAUGAACAGCCGCACAACGUCAAGUACUGGUCGCUCGGUAACGAGGUUUGGGGCCCAUGGCAAGUUGGCCAGAUGGAGGCGCAAGACUACGCAAAGAAGGCGUAUCAAUGGGCGAAGGCGCUACGCCUUUUGGAUCCCAACAUCAAGAUCAUUGCUUGUGGCGAGACCGGGUACGCGGAUUGGGACCGCGUUGUGCUCAAGAAGCUGGCACCCGUCGUGGAUUAUCACUCCAUUCACAUCUACACUGUCAGCGAAGGAAAGCACGAGGUGAACGUGAUGGGUCCCGCUGCCGCCGAGCAGGCCAUCAACAUUACCAAGUCGCUCAUCGACUUGGCCAAGAUCGAGAACGACCUCAGCAAGGAGAUCACUGUUUGCUUCGACGAGUGGAACGUCUGGGAUCCCGUUCGUGCUCCGGGAGAAGAUGGCGCGGAAGAAAAAUACGACCUCUCAGACGCCCUUGCUGUCGCAUCGUGGCUAAACGUCUUCGUGCGCAAGGCCGACGUCGUGAAGAUCGCUUGCAUAGCUCAGUCUGUCAAUGUCAUCUCACCCAUCAUCACGUCCCCAGAGGGCCUCUUCAAGCAGACCACUUACUACCCCCUUCACCUUUUCACGAACCUAAUGCGCGGCGCUUCGCUGGAUGUCUAUGUCACCAACCCCACCCCCGAUGAUGCUUACACCGGCCUGACCGCGCCAACGUUCGUUCAGAAGCUUACGAAGACGUCGCCCGAUUCCGAGAAGCUCACCAAAUACGUCGACGUGAGCGCCGUCUUCGACGCGCAGGCGUCGGAGGUAAGGGUGGCCAUCGUGAACCGGCACGCGGAGAAGGCGUACGAGGUGCCCAUCAAGUUCGGCGUGGACACGAAGGUGGCGUCGGAGGUCAAGGUAUACGAAGUGUGGAGCGAGGAUCUGCGCGAUAAGAAUACGUUCGGGGAAGAGAAGGUGAAGACGGUGGAGAAGAGCGUGAGGUGGGAGGGCAAAUACAGUCUCAAGGCGCACUCGUUCCAGGUUCUCGUAUUCAAAAUAGAAGCGUAAGGUCAUUGUGUCUCGAGAAGGCUGGACCUUGUUCUCCGUUCGGACCCAAGCUUCUCUUCCUGCAAUCGAUUCCAAGUCUGUACCAUGUGAUGUAUGUAUUCAUGCGAGGAUCCAUAUCCCAUAUGAAGCCCGCAAGAUCGAGAGCGCCCUGGCGCGUACCGCUUCC